AUGAAAUUUAUCCCACGAAAAUACAGGGAGAGUCAAAAGGAUUGGUUUGGCAAGAGAAGAAUCUCGUGGCACAUCACAGUGGCCACACGCCGAGCAUCCGAUCCUAAGCAACUGGAAAUGAUGACCUUUACACAUAUUUUCCAAUCAUGUAGCCAAGACAGUUAUGCUGUACUAGCUAUUAUGUCAGAUGUAGUGGGAAAGCUAAAGAAGAUAAUGCCCCACCUGAAGACUAUUUUCUAUAGACAGGAUAACGCUGGGUGUUAUCGCAGUGAGCCGACCAUUGUCGGAGUAUCUCUCGUGAGCAAACUACAUGGCGUAACGAUAAAGCGCAUGGACUUUUCAGACCUGCAAGGUGGAAAAGGGGCAUGCGACAUAAAAACCGCUAACAUCAAAACUCACAUGAAAGUUCAUCAAAAUCAGGGAAAUGAUAUAGAAGCAGCCCAUCAAAUGGUCAACGCUAUAAGGUGA